UAAAACAGGACCUGAUUUUAACAUGGCUUAUAGGGACCUGUAAAGAAAGUGUGUGUGUGUGUGUGCGUCUGUUUCUCUCAUGCAUGUAAUGCACGUACACUCACUCGCUCACACACACACACACACACACACACACACACACACACAGGCAGCAGCAGUGACCUUGGUGCAGUGGUGAUUUCUCUGCAUUAAGGUCAGAAGUGGUUUCGUUGUUGUUUAAGCUCUCCUCUUUCGUUUCUUGUGUAGGCCACACCCAUGUGUAUAAAGAUAGAAAAGGAAAAGCAUUUUCCUAAAUGAAAAUGAAAACUAACAUGAGCACACCAAGACCGUUAUGUGGUGAUCCCAGGCUUACGUAAAGCGACUGACGUUGUGUACUGAGCGAAAUCGAAAUUGUUAAAAAAAACAACAUUCCUGAAAAUCUGUUUGUGUUUAUCUUCAUCAUCUGCUGUAUCCUCGCUGGUCAGCAGCACGCUUAGCUACAGUUCUGAAACCAACAUGUGGUGAAAUGGUGAAUACGAGGACACAGGAGGACUGAUGAUGACAGGACCGCAGUCACCAAAUGGAGAUCUGUAGUUGUAGCCAUCUGUAAUUGUAUGUAGCCGUCUGUAGUCAUCUGAAACCAUCUGUAUUUGUCUGUAUUCAUCUGCAUUUAUCUUUAGCUGUCUGUAUUCAUCUGUAGCCAUUUGUAGUCAUCUGUAGUCACCUGUAGCAGUCUGUAGCUAUCUGUAUUCGUCUGUAUUCAUCUGUAGCCGUCUAUAUUCGUCUGUCGUCAUUUGUAGCCUUCUGUAGUCAUCUGUAGUUGUCUAUAGGCAUUUGUAGCCGUCUGUAGUCGUCUGUUGUUGUCUAUGGCCGUCUGUAGCCAUCAGUAGCCAUCUGUAGUAGUCUGUAGCCAUUUGUAGUUGUUUGUAGUAUUCUGUAGCCAUCUGUAUUCAUUUGUAGCCAUCUGUAGUUGUCUGUAUUCAUCUUUAGCCAUCUGUAUUCACUUGUAGCCGUCUGUAGCCACCUGUAGUUGUCUGCAGCCGUUUGUAACCAUCUGUAGUCGUCUGUAGUCCUCUGUAGUUGUCGGUAGCUUUCUGUAGUUGCCUGUAGUAGUCUGUAGCCAUCUGUAUUCGUCUGUAUUUAUCUGUAUUUUUUUGUAGCUGUCUAUAGUUGUUUGUAGUAGACUGUAGUAGUCUGUAUUCGCCUGUAGCCAUCUGUAGUUAUUUGUAGCUGUCUAUAGCCAUCUGUAAUCGUUUGUAGUCGUCUGUGGUCAUCUGUAGCAUUCUGUAGUCAUCUGUAGUCAUCUGUAGUUGUCUGUAGUCAUCUGUAGUUGUCAGUAGUCAUCUGUAGUUGUCAGUAGUUGUCAGUAGCCGUCUGUAGUCAUCUGUAGUUGUCAGUAGUCAUCUGUAGUUGUCUGUAGUUGUCAGUAGCCGUCUGUAGUCAUCUGUAGUUGUCAGUAGUCAUCUGUAGUUGUCAGUAGUUGUCAGUAGCCGUCAGUAGUCAUCUGUAGUUGUCAGUAGUUGUCAGUAGCCGUCUGUAGUCAUCUGUAGUUGUCUGUAGUCAUCUGUAGUUGUCUGUAGUCAUCUGUAGUUGUCUGUAGUCAUCUGUAGUUGUCAGUAGUCAUCUGUAGUUGUCAGUAGUCAUCUGUAGUUGUCAGUAGUUGUCAGUAGCCGUCUGUAGUUGUCAGUAGCCGUCUGUAGUCAUCUGUAGUUGUCAGUAGUCAUCUGUAGUUGUCAGUAGUUGUCAGUAGCCGUCAGUAGUCAUCUGUAGUUGUCAGUAGUUGUCAGUAGCCGUCUGUAGUCAUCUGUAGUUGUCAGUAGUCAUCUGUAGUUGUCAGUAGUUGUCAGUAGCCGUCUGUAGUCAUCUGUAGUUGUCAGUAGUCAUCUGUAGUUGUCAGUAGUUGUCAGUAGCCGUCUGUAGUCAUCUGUAGUCAUCUGUAGUUGUCAGUAGUCAUCUGUAGUUGUCUGUAGUUGUCUGUAGUUGUCAGUAGCCGUCUGUAGUCAUCUGUAGUCAUCUGUAGUUGUCAGUAGUUGUCAGUAGUUGUCAGUAGCCGUCUGUAGUCAUCUGUAGUUGGCUGUAGUCAUCUGUAGUCGCCUGGAUCAUGUGUUUCCUGAGAUAAUAAACGUGUUCUGAAUAAACGGAUCAUAUUUAUGAAGAGCCUUAACUUUUAUUAAAUGGUUUAAAAAUGAAAUAAAUGUUAAGUAUUAAUAUUAAAACUUAUGUCUCCCAAAAGUUGCCUCUCUUUGUUGUAGUGUGUGUGUAGUAGUAGUAAUAUAUAGUAGCAGUAUUUAUCAGUGUGUGUGUUUGUGUGUGUGUGUGUGCGCAUGUGUGUAGUAAUAGUUUGUCAGUGUGUGUGUGUGUGUGUGUGUUUGUGUGUGUGUGUGUGUGUGUGUGUUUAGUAGUAGUCUAUACCACUGUGUAUGUGUGUAGUAGUAGUUGUGUGUGUGCAUGUGUGUAGUAGUCUGUAACAGUGUGUGUGUGUGUGUGUGUGUGUGAGAGAGAGAGAGACAGAUGUAGAGAAGUGGAAUGCAAGUAAGAGAGGCAGCAGUGUCAACCUUCAGUACACACACACAGACUGCGGCAGUGCAGUAUUGACAGACUGGUGAGCACAGUAAAGAUGAUGAGGUGUGUGUAUAGAAAAGCCGAGACUCAUCUCUCUCUCUAUCUCUAUCUCUCUCUCUCUCUCUUUCUCUCUCUCUUUCUCUCUCUCUCUCUCUCUCUCUCUCACUUCAUCAUUCUUUACAUUCUUAUGUACAACCAGUUCAUCCCUGCAGUGUGUGUGUGUGUGUGUGUGUGUGUGGAUGCUGAAUAAGGAGAAUAACCGGAGAAUCACCGGUGCUCUCCCAACCCCUCCUCUCCCUCGCGUACUUCCUGUACUGUGAGAGUGUGUGUUUGUGUGUGUGUGUGUGUGUGUGUGUGUGUGUCUGUGCGGUGAGUGGAGAGGCAAGAAAGAGGACGAGGAAGUGUGAUGAAGAGCAGAGCAUGCUGGGAACCGGGCACGGUGCGUACCGCAUGCGGCUCGGGCUGCCUGCGUCGCCUCGGCAACACACAGCCCACGCCCCACGGCGGACGGGGACGGGGGGACGGCGCCUCAUCUGCGUCCUCACACACGCCUACUCCGGUCCGCUCGUCCUCCUUCUGCCGCUUCCUCAAUUUUGCCUGCCUCCGAGAUGACUCUGGGGAAGAGGAGCCCACGUCCCGUUCGGACCGCAGUGAGCUGCAGGGGGCGCUGAAGACAUUGGCGAGUAAGCUGGACGAUCUGUGUACGUGUAACGAUCUGAUCGCGAAGCACGGCGCGGCGCUGCAGCGUUCCCUCAGUGAGCUCGAGGCUCUGCGCGUCCCGGUCGAGGGCAGCGAGAAGAUCAAGGCCGUCAACGAGAGAGCCACUCUGUUCCGCAUCACCUCCAAUGCUAUGAUCAAUGCAUGCCGUGAUUUCCUGGAGCUGGCCGAGAGCCACAGCCGCAGAUGGCAGCGAGUCCUGCAGCAUGAGCGAGAGCAGCGCACUCACCUGGAGGAGACCAUAGAACAACUGGCCAAGCAGCACAACAGCCUGGAGAGAGCGUGGAGGGAGGCGCCGACACACACCUCCAACACACCUGACACCACCUCCACACACACCGGAGUGAGUGAGAGGUCCCGCAAAGAGGAAGCGAGUGAUGAAGAUGAGGAUACGGAGUAUUUUGACGCCAUGGAGGAUUCGCCCGCUUUUAUCACAGUGACGGCUACAGACGUCUCUCAGCACAGACGUUCUCAGAGUAAUCUAAGCGGUGCCAGUGGUGGUCAGCCCAGUGACUGGAACCUGGAGCAGCAUUCGUCUCCCAGCUGUAAUGAUUUAUCAGGGAGAGAGCUGCAGACACGCAGGAGGAGGCGGAGCCGAAUCCCAGACAAGCCCAACUACUCACUUAACCUGUGGAGCAUCAUGAAGAACUGCAUCGGGAAAGAGCUCUCCAAGAUCCCCAUGCCUGUGAACUUUAACGAGCCCCUCUCCAUGCUGCAGCGGCUGACGGAGGAUCUGGAGUACAGUGAGCUGUUGGAUAAAGCGGCUCGCUGUGAGAAUUCUCUGGAGCAGAUGUGUUUGGUGGCCGCUUUCUCCGUCUCGUCUUAUUCCACCACCGUUCACCGCACGGCUAAACCCUUCAACCCCCUUCUGGGUGAAACGUAUGAACUCGACCGGCUGGACGACUACGGCUACCGCUCCAUCUGCGAGCAGGUUAGUCAUCAUCCUCCGGCUGCGGCACAUCAUGUCAUCUCACAGCGAGGCUGGACCCUCUGGCAGGAAAUCACCAUCGCUAGCAAGUUCCGUGGCAAAUACCUGUCCAUCAUGCCUUUGGGUGCCAUCCACCUGCAGUUCCAUGCGAGUGGGAACCACUACAUGUGGCGUAAAGUGACCUCCACUGUGCACAACAUUAUCGUGGGCAAACUGUGGAUUGACCAGUCGGGAGACAUCGACGUUGUGAACCACAGAACCAAAGAGACGUGUCAGCUUAAGUUCUCUCCAUACAGCUACUUCUCAAGGGAAGUUCCACGCAAGGUGACAGGUGUGGUGGCGGACAGUGAAGGACAGGCACACUACAUCCUAUCAGGAACGUGGGAUGACCGAAUGGAGAGUGCUAAAAUCGUUCAGAGCAGCCGAGGCAGCAACAGUGCAGAGGGCAAACAGAAGACUGUGUACCAAACACUCACCCCUCGACUGCUGUGGAAGAAAUACCCACUCCCAGAGAACGCGGAAAACAUGUACUUCUUCUCAUCUCUGGCUCUCACACUGAACGAGGAGGAGGACGGUGUGUGUGUGACGGACAGCCGUCUGCGACCGGACCAGCGUCUGAUGGAGGAGGGACGAUGGGAUGAAGCCAACAUGGAGAAACAGAGGCUGGAGGAGAAGCAGAGAGCCGUGAGGAGGAGGAGAGAGGCCGAGGCGUCCGACGCCAUGGACCAAGAGUGUGAGCUUGACUCUGGUCACGAGUACGAGGGCUACAAGCCUCUCUGGUUCCAUCAGAGGAUGGAUCCGGUGACCGGAGAGACAAGCUUUGUGUAUAAAGGCGGUUACUGGGAGGCCAAAGACAGACAGGACUGGAAUAUGUGUCCGGAUAUUUUCUGAUUGGAGACAGGAAUGAGGACAGAAUGUUCUCUAACGGACUCACAGAGGAUCCGGGACACAGAUCCCAUCUGUCACAGAGAGAACCCGAGACGAUCACAGGGGCUCUCGAUAGAAAGAGAGAGAGAGAGAGAGAGAGAGAGAGAGACAUUUCAUCUUUCUCUAGUAUUUGCCUGAAAGCUAUGUGUGUGUGUGUGUGUGUGUGU